AUGAUAAUACGAAGUCGUCCCUGUCUCUCGUGUAUAAUAAAAUUAAGAAACGUCAGAUCUAUACUCGAUCACAUAAGAUAUCAACAUAACAAAGCUGAAAUCAAAUUACCUGACUUUAAUGGUUUAGAUGAGUUUAAUCAUUCCAACACUACUACCACUAACCUAAAUACAACGACAAAUGAUGCCAGUGUACUGAAAAAUCACGAGGAUUUAAACAAGUCGAACCAAGCACAACCCCAAAAAGAGACACAUAUUCCAAACGAAGCACACAAGGAGGACGGAUUAUUACAAAACUUAAAAGAUGAUGGUUUUACAACCAACAAUAACAAAAUGGAUUUUCAGAAAUUAAGUCAGUUCAUAAAAGAAGCAUACGAGAAAAGACCAACUAAAGAAACCAAAGAUUCCAAUUUCCAGCAAGAUGAAUUGGAUAUUAAUUUAAUGUUAUCAAAUUAUAAAAAGGACUCAACAACUGGAUUUUUUAAAGAAAUUACUCCAAGUUUUAAUAACAGAAUUACUGUCCACUCGAUAGAUUCAGAAUUAAGGGAGAAAUUAUAUAACAAAUGUGAGUCAGCAUUAAUCCCUACAUUGGAGAAGAUCAACGAACUAAAGUCAAGUUUUGAAAUUUACGAAUUUUACUCAAACUUGUUGAACAACUUAAUCAAAGAAAUUGAAGCAAGUUCUAAAAAUAAUGAAGGAAAUUUAAACAACAAUUUUUAUUUGAGAAAUUUGUUUUUGGAGAACAAUAUAACCGAAUGGAAUAAUCAACAUGAUGAAGUCAUUGAAAAAAUUAAGUUAAAAUCAAUUGCAAAUCCUCUAGAGCCUGAACUAAAUAUCAUAUCAUUACCUAUCAUAACCAAUCAUAUUUUCCAAAAAUUAGGCUUCAAAUUAUACAAUUCUCAAUUAAUAUCAACAUUUUUCAAUUUUAUCAAAAAUGAUUUUCAUUUAUAUACGUUAUGUUUCAACCAAGAAUCAUUCAAUUUAAUCCUCAAAAUUAAUUGGAUAUACUAUGGUAACAUCGACUUGUUGAAUAUUGAAAAAAUCUUCAAUGAAAUGAAAUUUUUGGGUUAUAAUGGAGAUUUCAAAACUUAUCAGAUCUUAAAAAUUAUAAUUGACGAAUAUAAUUUAUUGUGUAAUGGGUACUCCUUUUUCAAUAAAUUUGGAUCUAAAAUCUUGACAAAGGAAGAUAAUUUAAGAGUCAAUUAUUUAACUAAAGAAUUUUAUAAAUUAAGAAAGAGACUUAAUGAUGAAUUGGCUAAAAAGGAUGAGGACUUAUUAGAGAGUUUGAUGUAA